AUGCCGAAAUUUCUGCACGUUCUACAAUCGCUGUGGAAUUGGAGAUUCGAUUCUGAUGAGGAUUUCUCCCAUCCACCAUCGACUCCGAUCAUCGCGGUCAUUCCGCCCGUGGACAUUCCUCAGAAGAUCACCAUAACCGAAGAAGUCAAACCCAGGAAACCCCAAAAAGUUAAGAAUGCCCGCAAAUUACCGGACAUGACGUGGCUGGUGGCAUGGCUGGGAACUUCCUUCCAGUACUUGAAGGGGAAAAUCGGAUGGAGGAGCGCCCCGGGCACCGCCAGCGAGUUCCAGAACAUGCUGUCGUCCAACGAUCAAAAGUCUAGCAACACCGGCGAGAAACCGGCAGACGGAUUGUGUCACAUCUCCCAGAGCCCCUUCAGGAUAUUGCGAGUGGCCGAAAGUGGAAACUUAGAGGUUUUCCAACGCCUGUACUAUGCGGAUCCGACUCGCUUGGUGAUCCGCGAUAGCAGAGGGAGGACCCCAAUUCACCAGGCAGCCUCCAGGAACAGGGUUAACAUAUUACAGUUUAUCGUAGAUCAAGGAGGAGAUUUAAACGUUCAAGAUAACGCAGGGUGUACACCAUUACAUGUAGCUGUUGAGCAUGAUUCUUUAGAUGCUGUAGAUUUCCUACUGCAGAAGGGAGUGAAAACGGACAUCUUAAAUGAAAAAAACCAAGCGGCAAUUCACCUGGUGACGGAGCUUAACAAGGUGGCAGUUUUGGAGGUAAUGGGCCGUCAUAAAGAGAAAAUUGACAUACAGCAAGGCGGCGAACACGGCAGAUCCGCUCUUCACAUAGCCGCCAUUUACGACCACGAGGAAUGCGCCAGAUUGCUGUUGACGGAAUUCGGAGCAUCACCGAAGAUACCAUGCAACAACGGCUACUACCCGAUACACGAGGCGGCGAAGAACGCUUCAUCGAAGACACUGGAAGUGUUCCUGCAAUGGGGCGAGUCGAAGGGCUGCAGCAGACAGCAGAUGAUAUCCUUCUACGACUCGGAAGGCAACGUCCCGUUGCACUCAGCCGUGCACGGCGGCGACAUCAAAGCCGUCGAAUUGUGCAUCAAGUCCGGCGCGAAGAUCUCCAUCCAGCAGCAGGACCUCUCGACGCCGGUGCACCUGGCGUGCGCGCAGGGCGCCACCGAGAUCGUCAAGAUGAUGUUCAAGAUGCAGCCGGAGGAGAAGCUGGCCUGUCUGUCGUCCUGCGACGUGCAGAAGAUGACGCCGCUGCAUUGCGCCGCCAUGUUCGAUCACCCGGAGAUCGUCGACUACCUGGUGAGCGAGGGCGCCGAUAUGAACGCCAUGGACAAGGAGCGCCGGUCGCCGAUGCUGCUGGCGGCGCUGCGGGGCGGCUGGAGGACCGUUCAUAUGCUCAUCAAGUUGGGCGCUGAUAUAAACAUUAGAGAUAUCAAUAAAAGGAAUUUGCUUCAUUUGGUCGUGAUGAACGGAGGUAGAUUAGAGAAAUUUGCGUCUGAAGUAAGUGAGGCGAAAUCGAAGGAAAGCCUGCUGCAGCUGCUCAACGAGAAGGACAUCAACGGCUGCUCCCCGUUGCACUACGCCAGCCGCGAAGGACACAUCAGGAGCCUGGAGAAUCUCAUCCAGCUCGGCGCCUGCAUCAAUCUCAAAAACAACAACAACGAAAGUCCCUUGCACUUCGCAGCCAGGUACGGUCGUUACAACACGGCGAAGCAAUUAUUGGAUUCCGAGAAGGGAACUUUCAUAAUAAACGAAAGUGACGGGGGCGGCCUGACGCCCUUGCACAUCGCCUCGCAGCAAGGACACACCAGGGUCGUUCAAUUGUUGCUUAACAGGGGCGCCCUGUUGCACAGGGACCACAACGGCAGGAAUCCGCUCCAUUUGGCCGCCAUGAACGGCUACACGCAAACCAUCGAGCUCCUGCUGUCGGUGCACUCGCAUCUCCUCGACCAAACCGACAAAGACGGGAACACAGCGCUGCAUUUGGCUACAAUGGAGAACCAACCGAACGCCAUAGCUUUGUUGCUAUCAGUUGGUUGUAAGAUUUGCUACAAUCAAAUGGACAUGAACGCUAUCGAUUACGCUAUUUAUUAUAAAUAUCCGGAGGCUGCGUUGGCGAUGGUUACUCAUGAGGAGAGAGCGAACGAAAUUUUAUGCAUGAGUUCCUCCAAAUACCCUUGCGUUACUCUUGGACUAAUCGCUACCAUGCCGAGGGUAUUCGAAGCGGUUCAGGACAAGUGCAUAACGAAAGCGAAUUGCAAGAAGGACUCCAAAUCCUUUUACAUAAAGUACAGUUUCUCCUGCCUGCAACGUUCGGUUACAUCCGGAGAUGAGACGACGCUGACCAAACCGCAUCCUUUGCCCGCUCUGAACGCUAUGGUAAUGCACGGCAGAGUGGAGUUGCUGGCUCAUCCUCUCAGCCAAAAGUACCUGCAAAUGAAGUGGAACUCGUACGGGAAGUACUUCCAUUUGGCCAACGUGACUUUCUACAGUUUCUUCUUGGCUUUCAUCACUUGCUUUUCGUCGCAGCUGAUGUUGCAGCAGCGUAACGAGGGCGGCGUGAACAUCACAGCGAACAUGAGUCACGCUGAAUACGUACGACGCAGCAAAGAACUAAUAUUAGACAUAGACAUCAGCCCGAUUAUGUACAUAAGCGCCCUAGGCAUCCUGGUGUACAUCGGCAUAAACAUCUUCAGGGAAAUCCUGCAAAUCUACCAACAAAAAUUCCUCUACUUCAUGGAACCGAUCAAUCUGGUAGCGUGGCUGCUGUACGUGUCCGCGCUGAUCAUGGUCCUGCCGAUAAUAUUCAGGAGCAACUUGUACGACCUGCAGCUAUCCUGCGCCUCGUUCACCGUAUUCCUCAGCUGGUUCAAUCUGCUGCUGUUGCUGCAACGAUUCGACCAAGUCGGCAUCUACGUGGUCAUGUUCCUGGAGAUCCUGCAGACUCUCAUCAAAGUGCUGAUGGUCUUCUCGAUACUGAUCAUUGCGUUCGGCUUGGCGUUUUACAUUUUGCUGUCUCGGGGCGAGCAUUUGUCCUUCAAGACGAUUCCGAUGUCGUUGAUCAGGACGUUUUCGAUGAUGCUGGGCGAGAUCGAUUUCCUGGGGACGUACGUUAAACCUUACUACAUGACGAAUGAUGAGGAAAGAUCCUUUCUGCCGUUUCCUUUGCCCGCUUUUCUUAUUCUAGGAUUGUUUAUGGUGUUGAUGCCCAUUCUGUUGAUGAAUCUCCUCAUUGGUUUGGCUGUUGGUGAUAUCGAAUCGGUAAGGAGAAAUGCACAGUUGAAGAGAUUGGCUAUGCAGGUGGUGUUGCAUACGGAGCUCGAAAGGAAACUUCCCAGUUUCUUGUUAGAGAGAGUGGACAAGAUGGAAAUCAUCGAAUAUCCGAACGAUACGAAAUGCAAAGUGGGUUUUUUGGAUAUAAUACUGCGAAAAUGGUUCGGAAAUCCGUUUUCGGACGAUUCUAUCGAAAUGGCAUUGGACAGUACCGAAGACUACGUGGUUGCCGAAUUGGAGAAAACCAAAAGGAAACUGAGAGAUAUAUCCAACGCUCUGGAAACCCAACAGCAAUUUCUCCGUCUCAUUGUGCAGAAAAUGGAGAUAAAAACGGAGGCGGACGACGUAGACGAAGGCAUAUCGAGCACGAAUCCGGUGAGCGGCGGCGGCAGCAAAUGGACAUCGCCGAAAAUCAGAAAAAAAUUGAGAUCCGUCAUAAGUUUCACCAACAAGGGCAACACUUAG